AUGUCGCCUCAGCGAGUCGUUGUGGCAGCUCUCUUAGUGGUAUCGGCAUACAUCAUCAAGCUCGUGUGGGUAGGGUAUACAUCUCCGCUGGCAAAGCUACCAGGGCCCUGGUACUCCAAGUACACGAAUCUUGUCCUUCGUUACCAGACUCUUUCUGGCAAGCGGAUCUUCUACGUAGACAAGCUUCACCAGCGCUAUGGCGGCAUCGUUCGAAUUGCGCCAAACGAGGCCGCUGUUACGGAUAUAGCCGGUGUAACUCAAAUACACAAAAUUAGUACUGGGUUCCUCAAGUCGGACUUCUACACGGGUCUCACGUCAACUGAUACUCCCGGCAUAUUCGCUAUGCGCGACCCGCAUGCCCAUGCCGCUAGAAGAAAGCUGUUUGCCCGAGCCUUUAGUAACAGCAGCUUGAACAGCAACUGGGACGUUGAAGUUAGACAGAAGGCAAGCUUAGCUGUCCAAAAGAUUCGGCGCGAUGCAUUGGGUUCAUCACAGGGCGCCGAUCUCCUCAAAUGGUGGACACUUAUGACGACUGACGUAAUUGCUCACCUUAGCUUUGGGGAAAGCUUCAACAUGCUUGAGCUGGGGAAGCAAACAUCAUACAUUGAUUCUAUCCAGGCUGCACUUCUUGGCGGAGUGUUACGUGCCGAGCUGCCUAUCUUAUACAAGCUCCUCCGCUAUAUCCCCAUCAAAAGGAUCCAACUCAUCACUACGGCUGAUGAUGUCUUAUUUGAAUACGGUGGACGGGCGAUACAGAACAUGCGCAACGAGAACGGCAAUACCAUGAAUCUCUUUGGUCAGAUGCUAUCUGCUAACGAUAACAGCGAAAAGGUUGCACUGACGGAAAAGGACAUUAAGGAAGAAGCUGGGAACUUCAUUGUGGCAGGCUCGGACACUACCGCGGUGACACUGACCUAUCUCGUCUGGGCGGUACUUCAGCAGCCCAAUCUGCAGUCUCGACUUGAGAACGAGAUCGCAGAACUGAGCGACAAGCUGACAAAGGAAGAGCUUGAAACUGCGCCUGUGCUGAACAGCGUCAUCGAGGAGACGCUAAGGCUUUACGGCGCUGCUCCUGGCGCCUUACCUCGGACUGUGCCUAAGCAAGGCACGAUUAUAAGCGGCUAUCACAUUCCCGGCGGUGCAGUAGUUAGUACACAGGCUUAUACAAAUCACCGCGACCCUUCGGCCUUUGCUAAUCCACUCAAAUUUGAUGGCCUUCGGUUCUUGAACAAGACUACAAUGUCAGCACAUCAGAAGGCAUCAUACAUGCCAUUCGGAGGUGGCUCAAGAGUGUGUCUCGGCGUUCAUCUUGCAUACAUGGAGCUUCGCCUGGCGGCUGCGCUCUUCUUUCGACAUUGUCGUGGCGCCAGAAUUUCCAACUGCAUGAACGAUAAAAUGAUGGAGAUGGACAACAGACCUCAACUCCGUUAG